CUAGGGUUUUUAAGAUUAGGUCGGGACUGACUCGUUUCUCUGCCGCAUUGGCUAGGUUUUCCAACUCUUGCUCGAAAUUUUCUGCUUUCCCUUCCAUUUUCCCAUCGUUUCAUCUCCAUUUCUCACAUUGGAAACGUAAUUUACCCAAUAGCAUUACGAAAAGUACUCUAUCAGUCUUAGAUCGGUUCAUCACUUAUGGGUUUAAACAAGUAUUAGAGGGUUCGUGGUUGCUGUUUUUAACUUGACUCAAGGGUUCAAUCUCUCCUGUUUAUUUAUCCAACUAUCCAAAGAAAUGGCAACCAUGAACCCUUUCGAUCUCCUUGGAGACGAUGACAAUGACGACCCCACUCAACUCAUCGUGGCUGCUCAGCUCAAGGUUGAGAAGCCUAAGAAGCCGUCCGCUCCUGCUCAGCCUCAAGCUCAAGCUCAGCCAGCCAAAAGUGCUAAGCUUCCUACCAAGCCUCUUCCUCCGGCUCAGGCUGUGAGGGAAGCAAAGACUGAAGGUGGGCGUGGUGGAGGUCGAGGUGGUGGCCGUGGUGCUGGUCGUGGUCGUGGAGGUGGCAGCGGAUUUAACCGAGAUUCAAAUAAUGAGGCUACCUUUGGCAGCAACAAUGGAUUUUCUGGAGGGUACAGACCAUCUGAAGAGGUUGACACUGGGAAGCCAUCCGAGAAGCGUGGCUAUGGAGGUCCUCGUGGUGGUUUUCGUGGCGGUCGUCGUGGUGGUUUGAGCAAUGGGGAAGCUGGAGAAGGUGAACGUCCUCGUAGGCUGUAUGAACGCCGCAGCGGUACUGGGCGUGGGAAUGAGUUCAAACGUGAUGGUGCUGGUCGUGGUAAUUGGGGAACUCCUGCCGAUGAAAUUGCUCCGGAAACUGAGGAACCUGUGGUUGAAAAUGAAAAGAACAUUGGUUCUGAGAAGCAGUCAGGAGAGGAGGAUGCUGCAGAUAUCAACAAGGAGAGUCCUGUGGAUGAGCCUGAAGAGAAGGAACCUGAGGACAAGGAGAUGACUCUGGAAGAGUAUGAGAAAAUUCGUGAAGAAAAGAGGAAAGCUUUGCUUUCUAUGAAGCCAGAGGAAAGAAAGGUUGAUGUGGAGAAAGAGUUUGGCUCUAUGCUUCAACUUUCAAAUAAGAAGGGCAGUAAUGAAAUCUUUAUCAAACUGGGUUCUGAAAGGGACAAACGAAGGGAUGCUGACAAAGAAGACAGGGCUAAAAAGUCUGUAAGCAUAAAUGAGUUCCUGAAGCCUGCUGAUGGGGAAAGAUACUAUAACCCUGGUGGUCGUGGUCGUGGACGUGGCCGUGGACCAAGAGGUGGAUAUGGCGGAGGAGGCAACAUGCGUGAUCCAGCAGCCCCCUCAAUUGAAGAUCGCGGUCAGUUCCCCACCCUGGGUGGCAAGUGAGGUCUUAAGAUGCAUCUUUCAAAGUUGCAAUGGUCUUUCACUGUGGAAUUCCUUUGCAAUCUGCUUGAGAGUAGUAGUCAAAGGUCGUAAACAGGAAAUUUAUCGCCUGCAUUUAAAAAAAAAAAAAAACUCUUUUUUAACAUCUAGUCUUUUGGGUGUAAAUUUUAGAGAUUCCUCCAUGGUAUCCAUGUGAUUCCUCGACUUUGCUAUACAUGCAUACUCUCUUUUAUUUUUUGGUCUAAGUUAGUAUUAUUAUUGUCUUGGACUGAGUAGUGGCAUCAGUUUUGGUUUGUAGUAGGUGAAGAGUACGUUGUAGUCCUUUCUUCUUCUUCUUCUUCCUUCUUCAUUUUUUUGUUUUAUAAAAUUUCUGUUGUGUUGCUUAUAGCUAUUUUCCUUCUGACUCUUCAAGAUAAAUAUGAGCUUUGUUGUUGGUUCAAA